CCUUGUUGUCAUCACAUGGUAGGGGGCGGGCCCAGGCAGGCGCUGCUGCGACGAGGAGGCAGCGGCGGCGGAAAGUUUGGCGAGGCGUCUGGAGUUGGCUGUGCAGCGGCGGAGCCUCGCCCGCGGGUCUAGCGGGGGGCAGGCGGCCAUGAAAGGGAGCCUCCGGCCCAGCGCCCCAGAAACGGGACACGCUUCGCGCCGCCCGAGUGCGCCCAGCCGCCCCGUCGGAAAGCGCGGCGCGCCGACGCGCGCCAAGGGAGCUCUAGCCAUGGGCGCCGCGCUGCCGACGCUGCUCCUGUGCUGCUGCCUGGUCGCCUUCUUCUCCACCUCCUCGGCGCUGGCCCAAGGGUGCCCGGCGCUGCCGUGCCGCUGCCGGGGGGAACUGCUGGACUGCAGCCGCCUGAAGCUGAGCCGAUUGCCCGAACCUCUCCCGGACUGGGUCGUGCAGCUAGAUCUGAGCCACAAUAAAUUGUCUUCAAUCAAGCCUAGUUCCUUGAGUCACCUUGGUAAACUACGAGAAAUAAAACUAAACAGUAAUGAAUUUGAAGCCAUACCAAAUUUGGGACCUGUUUCAGCAAACAUCACUCUCCUGACUCUGACAAGUAACAAGAUUACAGACAUCUUGCCUGAAGACCUGAAACCAUUCCAGUCUCUAGAAACUUUGGACUUGAGCAACAACAAUAUUUCUGUGCUUAAGGUGGAUUCGUUUCCUUCUCUGAUGCUCAAGUACAUCCACAUUAAUAAUAAUCGAAUAAUCUCCAUGGAACCAGGCACUUUUGACAACCUGUCUAGCACACUUCAAGUAUUAAAGCUGAACAGGAACCGAAUUUCAGCCAUCCCACAGAAGAUGUUUAAACUCCCUCAUCUCCAGCAUCUAGAAAUGAACCGUAACAAAAUUAAAAAAAUAGAUGGGCUUACAUUUCAAGGACUUCCUUCUUUGAAAUCUUUAAGAAUACAAAGAAAUGGGCUAGCUAGACUCAUGGAUGGAGCUUUCUGGGGAUUAAGUAGCAUGGAAAUCCUGCAGCUGGAUCAUAACAACCUAACAGAAAUUACCAAAGGCUGGCUUUAUGGCUUGCUGAUGUUGCAGCAGCUCCAUCUUAGCCAAAAUGCUAUCAGCAGAAUCAGCCCUGAUGCCUGGGAGUUUUGCCAAAAACUCAGUGAGCUGGACUUAACUUAUAAUCAUUUAACCCGGCUAGAGGAUUCAAGCUUUGUUGGUUUAAGCCUACUUGUGAGGCUGAAUGUUGGGAACAACAAAGUGAGCUACAUUGCUGAUUGUGCCUUCCGAGGACUAUCGAGUUUGCAGACUUUGGAUCUGAAAAACAAUGAAAUCUCCUGGACAAUUGAAGAUAUGAAUGGCGCUUUUUCUGGACUUGACAAACUUAAGUGGCUGCUACUCCAAGGAAACCGGAUUAGGUCAAUUACUAAGAAAGCGUUUUCUGGUCUGGAUGCACUUGAACACCUAGAUCUAAGUAACAAUGCCAUCAUGUCAGUUCAAGGAAACACGUUUUCACAGAUGAAGAAACUCAAAGAAUUGUACCUAAACACGUCUAGCCUUUUGUGCGACUGCCAGCUGAAAUGGCUACCCGAGUGGCUGAUGGACAACAAUUUCCAGGCUUUCGUCAAUGCCACUUGUGCCCACCCUCAGAUACUAAAAGGGAGGAAUGUGCUUGCUGUCAGCCUAGAAGAUUUUGUGUGUGAUGAUUUUCCGAAGCCACAGAUAACCGUACAGCCUGAAACUCAGUCAGCAAUCAAAGGUUCCAAUUUAAGUUUUAUAUGUUCAGCCGCCAGCAGCAGCGAUUCCCCAAUGACUUUUGCUUGGAAGAAGGACAAUGAAUUGCUGCAUGAUGCUGAAAUGGAGAAUUACGCACAUCUCAGGGCACAGGGCGGCGAAGUGAUGGAAUAUACCACCAUUCUUAGGCUGCGCAAUGUGGAAUUCAGCAACGAGGGGAAAUAUCAGUGUGUUAUUUCAAAUCACUUUGGCUCAUCCUACUCUGUCAAAGCUAAACUCACAGUGAACAUGCUUCCUUCAUUUACCAAGAUGCCCAUGGACCUUACCAUCCGUGCAGGGGCGAUGGCACGACUGGAAUGCGCUGCAGUCGGCCACCCGGUGCCCCAGAUCGCUUGGCAGAAAGAUGGCGGCACUGACUUUCCCGCAGCACGUAAGAGACGCAUGCACGUGAUGCCCGAAGACGAUGUCUUCUUUAUAGUGGAUGUCAAAAUCGAAGAUACUGGUGUCUAUAGCUGCACAGCUCAGAACACUGCUGGUAGCAUCUCUGCUAAUGCAACAUUAACAGUGUUAGAAACACCCUCAUUUUUGAGGCCUUUGUUGGACCGGACGGUGACGAAAGGUGAAACGGCCGUCUUGCAGUGCAUUGCCGGUGGUAGCCCCCCGCCUCGGCUUAACUGGACCAAAGACGACAGCACUCUGAUGGUGACCGAGAGGCAUUUCUUUGCUGCAGGAAACCAGUUGCUCAUCAUUGUGGACACAGACUUUGAAGACGCUGGGAAGUACACAUGCGAAAUGUCAAAUACUCUUGGGACAGAGAGAGGCAACAUCCGCCUCAGCGUCAUUCCCACACCAACCUGUGACUCUCCUCCGAACGCUGCCCCAUCUUUGGACGAUGAUGGAUGGGCCACUGUGGGCGUUGUGAUCAUAGCUGUGGUGUGCUGUGUGGUGGGCACUUCCCUCGUGUGGGUGGUCAUCAUAUACCACACAAGAAGGAGAAAUGAAGAUUGCAGCAUCACAAACACAGAUGAGACAAAUCUGCCUGCUGAUAUUCCAAGCUAUCUGUCAUCCCAGGGAACUCUAGCUGAAAGGCAAGAUGGAUAUGGGUCAUUGGAGAAUGGAAGUCAACAUCAUUUUGCAUCUUCAUCCUCAUCCAUGGGAGGAUAUUUCUUACAACAAAGAGACAGCGGCGGAAUUUGUCAUACAGAUAACUGCAGCGAAAAUGACUUGGAAGCUGUAACAGAUCCGUUCUUAUGUCAUUAUCUGGGAACUUCAGGAAGUAUAUAUUUGAAAAGCAAUAUAUGCGGCCCAGAUAUGUUUGACGUAUACCACACAGGCUGCAAUCCGGAGCAAAGGACAGUGUGUGCGGACCUGUAUGACUCAAGCUGCUUAAAGAAAAAGGAAUGCUACCCCUAUCCCCACCCGCCUGAAGAUCCUUUUGACCAGUAUAUCAGCAUUUCUGGAAUACCCCCUCCAAGUAGUAAAUUGCUCCCCUCAGCUUACACUCAGCGUGAAGACAGUGGAACAAGAAGCUUGCAUCUGAAUUUGGAUGCAUGUGAAUUUAGCAGAAAUCAAGAGCUGCCUCCCCUUGCUACAAGCGGCGCUUUCAUGGGAACAUUUGGAAAACCUAUAUGGAGACAUCAGCUCGAUUCCUUCUCAAGUUGUAGGCAGCCUUCAAUUUGGCAGCCAAAAGCUGCUCAAAAUCAUCCUCACGAAUCAUUGAAUUUUGACUCAGAGUCUGAGGAUGAUAACAGAAAGGACCGGACGUUUCAUGAAGGGGACAGUGGCAAUUGUAUAUACGGACAGGCUGCUGAAAGUUUUAGGACUCCUGCUUUUCGGUUCUCUGAGUUGGAUACAUAGCUUCCCCCCUCUACCCUGCAAGUUGAUUUAUGAACCAAAGGAAUAUACUACCUCAAAGUGGACAUUAUUUAAAAAAGGAGGGAAAAGAAGACACUCCAUACUUGUUUUUUUAUUAGAGCUAUGAUUCAAAGAAAGAAAGAAAGAAGUACAUUUUUUUAUACAGAUGCAGUUUUAUUGCCAAAAACAUUAUACAUUUUUAUGCAGAUUAUACAUUCCUUAUAGAAUAUAUUUCUAAUAAUUUUAUAGCUUUGUUUUAAACUGAAUGGUACCUUUUUGUAAAUUAAGGGUGUGAAUAAUAACUAUGCAUUUGUUACUAAGAUUUCAUUUUGUUGAAAUGGGUGCUAAAGUGUUCUAAAGGAAUACCAA